UUCAGGCAGAUCCGGAUCGAGGGCGGGAGGCCGAGAUCCGCAGGGAUGCUGCCCAUCACAGAGCAACUGCUGCACCUCCUGGGGUUGGAGAAGACGGCGUUCCGUUUGUAUGCUGUGUCCGGGCUCCUGCUCACCCUGCUGUUCUUCAUUUUCCGUCUGCUGCUGAAGUUCCUGAGGCUCUGCUGGGGUUUCUAUAUCACCUGCCGCCGACUACGCUGCUUCCCUCAGCCACCCCGGCGCAACUGGCUGCUGGGCCAUCUGGGCAUGUAUCUGCCAAAUGAGAGAGGCCUCCAAGAUGAGAAGAAGGUGUUGGACGACAUGCACCACGUGGUCCUCGUGUGGCUAGGACCUAUCCUGCCACUAGUGGUUCUGGUGCACCCUGACUACAUCAAGCCCCUGGUGGGUGCCUCAGCUGCUGUUGCCCCCAAGGAUGACCUUUUCUAUGGCUUCCUGAGACCUUGGCUGGGGGAUGGGCUGCUGAUCAGCCGAGGUGAGAAGUGGAGCCGGCACCGCCGCCUGCUGACACCUGCCUUCCACUUCGACAUCCUGAAGCCUUACAUGAAGAUCUUCAACCAGUGCACGGAUACCAUGCAUGCUAAAUGGCGGCGCCUGGCAGAGGGCUCGGAGGUCUCCCUUGACAUGUUUGAGCAUGUCAGCCUCAUGACCCUGGACAGUCUUCAGAAAUGUGUCUUCAGCUACAACAGCAACUGCCAGGAGAAGAUGAGUGAUUACAUCUCGGCCAUCAUUGAGCUGAGUGCCCUGGUGGUCCGGCGCCAGUACCGCGUGCAUCACUACCUCGAUUUCAUCUACUACCGCACGGCUGACGGGCGGCGCUUCCGGCAGGCCUGCGACAUCGUGCACAGCUUCACCACAGAGGUCAUCCAGGAGCGGAGGCGGGCGCUACGCCAGCAGGGGGCUGAGGCCUGGUUUCAGGCCAGGCAGGGAAAGACAUUGGACUUCAUUGACGUGCUGCUCUUGGCCAAGGAUGAAGAUGGAAAGGAACUCUCAGAUGAGGACAUCCGAGCUGAGGCAGACACCUUCAUGUUUGAGGGUCAUGACACAACAUCUAGUGGGCUAUCCUGGGUACUGUUCAACUUGGCCAAGUAUCCAGAGUACCAGGAGAAGUGCCGAGAAGAGAUCCAGGAAGUCAUGAAAGGCCGGGAGCUGGAGGAACUGGAGUGGGACGACCUGACCCAACUGCCCUUCACCACUAUGUGCAUCAAGGAGAGCCUCCGCCAGUUCCCACCUGUGACCCUGAUCUCCCGCCGCUGCACGGAGGACAUCAAGCUCCCAGACGGACGCAUCAUCCCCAAAGGAAUCAUCUGCCUGGUUAGCAUCUAUGGGACACACUAUAACCCUUUAGUGUGGCCUGACUCCAAGGUGUACAAUCCCUAUCGCUUUGAUCCGGACAACCCACAGCAGCGCUCCCCAUUGGCUUAUGUGCCCUUUUCUGCAGGACCCAGGAACUGCAUCGGACAGAGCUUCGCCAUGGCUGAGAUGCGCGUGGCCGUGGCCCUGACGCUGCUGCGCUUCCGCCUGAGCGUGGACCGAACGCGCAAGGUGCGGCGGAAGCCCGAGCUCAUUCUGCGCACGGAGAAUGGCAUCUGGCUCAAGGUGGAGCCGCUGCCUCCGCGGGCCUGAAGGUCGGCGCACCCCUGCUGAUCCCGGGGGCCCAAGCCCCGCCCAGAGAGGCCUAGGUCCCGCCCCUGAGGGCCC